AUGGCCGACUACGACAGGAGAGGAGGAGGGGGAGGAGGCAGAGGUGGUGGUGGCGGUGGGUAUAACCGGAAACGUCGUUAUAGAGAUGACAAUGAAGACGACAACCACUACCGCGGUAACAACUCCCGCCGCCGCUACGACGCCCCCCCCCACGUCCGCCUCCGCAAGCAGCUCAUCGCCAUUGCCGAGAACCCCAUGAUCGAGCGCCACGAUGAGAUUUCCCAGAUUGCGAACCUGUUCACCGACAACUGGGACGAUGACGUCUUGCUCAGAGGCAACUUCACCGACUUGGUCCUCCAGUUGUGCGUGGAGCAGCCUCUCAAAACCCCCUUUUUGGCGGGCGUGUUGAUGGUGGUCAACACCAACAAACCCGAGGCGAUGGAUCUUUUACUCGAAAAAGUGGCGAGGUUGAUCGAGGACAAGCUUCGGGAGGGGGGGUGGAGGGAUGUGAAGCUGUACCUGAAGCUGGUGGGGUGUCUGCAGAGCGUGUUGGAAGGGGAAGGGGUUUUUGGUCUGUUGGGGGAGCUUUUUGAACGGGCGGUUGGGUUGCAGACGGCGAGCAGUGAGGAUACGAUCGGCACAGAGAUUGUCAAGAUCAUUCUCUUGACGCUUCCGUAUGUGAUGGCUGCUGGGUCGCCGGAGCAGGUGCAGCAGGAGUGGCAGCAGAAAGCGGCGGAUUUGCUGGAGAAUACGGCCAUCAUUGCGAGCGAGCCGCAUCCGCUGCAGGCCGUGAUUGAGCCUUAUCAUCCCGAGGCUGGGGAGGAAAACCCGGCGCAGUCGCAGAGUUUGAUUUCGCUUUUGCAGGCGCAGCUGCAGGCUGAGGCGGCUCAGGGUUGGGCGUUGAGCUGCUUGCCGAGACCGUGGCAGUUCCCUGUCGGCGAGGUUGAGACGAUGGCCAAGCUGGCCAGUGCGAAGAAGCACGUUUUGCCGAAUAUCGUUAUUCCCAAGACGGUGGUCAGGGGGCUGAGGCCGUUGUUCCCAGAGGUGUAUAUCUCUGUUUAUGGGCAGCAAGAAGUCGAGUCGGUGCCCCCUCCUACCAGCCUGGCGUCGUCGCUCAUCAGAGAUGCACUGCUUGAUACUAUCAAUGUUUUGCACUUUAACCGCAACGCCACAGCAAGACAGCUUAUUGAGGUGGAUUGCUACUUUGCGCCGAGGACUUUUGCUCUGAGAGGCACGCCGUUCGAUAGGCUUCGGGAUAUCGAGAAGCCAAAGUCUACCUGGAAGCCCGAAGAUGUGGCUGUUGAUGCCGUGUUUACCCAGCUUUUUCUCUUGCCUAACCCAGAGCACAAGUUGGUUUACUACCACUCUGUGCUUACGGAGGCUUGCAAGCUGGCGCCUGCUGCUAUAGCGCCCAGCUUGGGCCGUGCCAUUCGUUACCUUUACAGAAACGCGCCGCGGAUGGAUCUGGAGCUGGCGUACCGGUUCAUGGACUGGUUCUCGCAUCAUUUGUCCAACUUUGGUUUCACGUGGAAGUGGACCGAGUGGGUGGACGAUGUUGAGCUGAGCGGCUUGCACCCGCGCAAGGCGUUUAUUGUUGGCUCGAUCGACAAGGAGAUUCGGUUGAGUUUUGCGCAGAGGAUCAAGAAUACGCUUCCGGAGCCGUAUCAGAAGUUGAUUGGGCCCGAGAAGGAGAAGGAUGUGCCCGAUUUCAAGUUUGCCAACGAUGACACCCCCUUUGCCGCCGAAGGCCGUGAAAUCGCCGCGCUCCUCAAACGCAAGGCCCCCGACGAGGAAAUCGACGCCGUUAUCCAGCGGAUUCAGUCUCAGGCCAUUGACCGCGACCUCGACGCCUUGGUGGCCAGCACGGACGUCUUUGUCACUUGCGUGCUCUACGUAGGCAGCAAGUCGCUCUCCCACGUCCUGGCAGCGAUAGAGCGCACCAAGGACCGGUUGGCGGACGCUGGCGCGGCGAGCGACGCGUCGAGGACGCAGAUCAUUGAGGCGGUGAUGGCGUAUUGGAGCGUGCACCCCGGUGUUGCGCUGAGCAUCGUGGAGAAGCUCCUGAACUACUCCAUCCUGACCCCGCUGACGGUGAUCAACUGGGCUCUGAACGUCCAGGCUGGCAAGACGCGCGGUGAGGCGCUCGCGUGGGCUCACAUGUACGAAUUGGUCUUCAACACUGUCAUCAAGGUUACCGGCCGGGUGAGGCAGCUGGUUGUCAAGGCCAGCCAGCCGGAUGAGAUGGUGGAUGACGAGACGAGGGAUAACGAGGUGAGGAACAUGAGGGAGCUGUUUAGGGCUAUUGAGGACAGCUUGGGGGCUUGGGCUGGCGGGACGAAGGAUGAGAUGCUUGAGAGUAAUGCUCGUGGGGAAGAGGACGGGUUGGUCAGGAGGUGGGGGACGAGGUGGCUGAGGGUGUUUAAGCGGAGGCAGGCGAUUGAGGAGGCGUUUUUGGUCGAGGCGGUGAGGGAGCGGGAGAGGAGGGAGGAGGUGAGGAAGGAGUGGGAGGUUGUUGAGCGGCAGAGGAGGGAGGAGAGGGAGAGGAAGGAGGCGGAGGAGAAGGAGAGGAAUGGGGCGAAUGGGGCCGAGGAGGAGAAGAAGAAGGAGAAUGGGGUGGAGGGUGAGGUUGAUAUUAUGGAGUAGUAGGUUGGUUGCUGGUUUUGAGCUUGGGGGUUAGUGAAAAGAAAGGGGCGUUGAUUUAUUUGAUUUUCCCGGAUGACAGCGGGUUUUUUACGGUUUAAUCGUAGGUCAAAUAGGGGGCAAAAUGGCCCAACUCACUAAAGGGUAAAAGGGGGUCAAUUUUUGGUUGCUGUAGGAAGUGUAGUUUGUAUCAAUAGAAUUAUCUGACACUACCGCCAUUGCCUU